AUGAGACUAUGUACAUGUCAAGAAUUAAGAUUAUACGAAUCGUUUGCUGAAAUUCGACAGUUAUAUGAGAAUGAUCAAAAAUAUUAUUUUCGACAAGAUCAAUGGAAUGAUAUUAAAGAAGAAAGUAUUGUAUUAUUACCAAAUAGUUCAAUGUACGAAAGAAAAAUCAUACGAAAAGAAACAAAUAUGAAAGGUAAAACUGUAUUUGUUCGAAAAUAUCCAGAACAACAUGACGCUGUUGAAUGUACAAUGAUUCAUGAUGAUAAUUAUGUUGUUCAAGAAAAAUCUUCAGGUCGUUAUUUUCAUGCAAAAAAUGAUUUAGUAGAAUAUAUAGAUGUUCCUGUUGAAAAAUUAUAUGAAUUAUCAUUUAAUAAAUUUGAUAAAUCUUCAACAGAUAAUACAAAAAUUCUAACAUAUUUAGUUAAUAGUUUGAAAUGGCGUACACGAUAUUUAAUGAACAUUUUAUUAAAUGGUACCGUUGAAUUUAGUGCAUUUGCCGAUAUUAUCAAUAGUGGUCGUACAUCUUAUACAUUUAAUACAACACAUUUAUUUUCUGGUGAUAUUAGUGUCUCAUUUUUAAGAAGUUCACCACAUGUUGACCGUCGUUCAUCAAAAACAACAUCAUCAACAAUUGGUAGUGGUAUUGAAGAUCAAGGUGAAUAUAAUGGAAUACACAUGUUUAGUUUGAUAAAUCGAGAUUUAAUAAUUGAAUCACAAAGUACAACAACAUUUCCCUAUGUUAAAUCACCAUCUAUUAAUGUUAAAACAAUUUUAUCAUUUACAUUAAUUUUGUCUACAACCGAUACUGGUUUUCUUCAAUAUGAAAAACGAAAAUUUUCUCGUUUAUAUUUAUUAUCAAAUAGUUCAACAUAUAUACCAAAUGGUUUAAUGUUAAUUUAUGAUAAUUCAAUAUUAUCAGGUGAAUGGUCAUUGCCAAAAUUAGGCGAAGGAGAACGAUAUGAAUUUGAAUUAGGUGAAGAUGCUGAUGUUUUAUUAAUGAGAAAUAGUACAAGUGUCAUUAAUAAAUUAACAAAUACGACAAUGAUUACAACACAUGUUCUAAUACAAAAUUAUAAAAAUCGACAAAUUAAUGUUAGAUUUAAAUCUGUUUGUCAAUUAGAAUGUUUAUUUUAUAAUGAAAAAGCCGUUUCAUUAGGGCAUAAAUUACGUUAUGAAUUAUUAUUACGUUCAAAAUCUGAAGUAGCUUUUAGUUAUUCAGCAUUAAGAUUAAAUAAUAAAAAACCAUCAUAA